UUUGCAUUGUGAUUUGGGGGCGGGGGAUUUCAGCGGAGAGCGGGUGUGGAGGCUUCAGUUUUGCCAAGAUCCCAUGUUUGAGGAGAUUCGCCCAAGACUCCGGGGAAGUCACGCCAGUCGGAGGAAGACGGAUUCGGGCUUGACCACCCAAAGUCUGUGAUGGCUGCAGGGCCCGGAGUCCCCGCCUCGUCCCUCUGUGAAGGGCUGUUGGUGGUGAAAGUGGAGGAAGACUCACCCCGAGGUUUGGGAUCCGAGCAGCCGGGGGCCUGGCAGCAUCUCGAAACUUCUCGAAAGCAGUUCCGGCAGCUGAGGUACCAGGAGGUGGCGGGGCCCGAAGAGGCGCUGAGCCGACUCCGGGAGCUCUGUCGGCGGUGGCUGAGGCCCGAGAUGCACUCGAAGGAGCAGAUGGUGGAGCUGCUGGUGCUGGAGCAGUUCCUGAGCAUCCUGCCCGACAAUCUGCGGGCCUGGGUGUGGCAGCGCGGCCCCGAGGGCGGGGACCAGGCCGCCGCCGCAGCGCGGGCUUGCCGCCAGACCACCCUGGACCAGGCCUCGUCUCAGAUCACCGAUGCUCCACACAUCGAUUCUGGGUCUGUGACAAGUGGAAUUUCAUGGCAGAAGGGCUAUGGUGGAGCAGAACUGUUCACAUGGCAGCCAGGAAGUACAGCAGGGCUACAGGAAGGUGCUAGGGGGUCUAUGUGUUUUGCGGAUGUGGCUGUCUCUCUAACUUGGGAGGAGUGGGAGCAACUGGAUGCAGCUGAGAGGAACAUCUGCGGAGAGAGCACACAGGAUUAUGGUAGCCCUGUCCUGCCCAGUUUGGAAACCAGAGCUGAGAACGAGAGGUUGAUUCCAAAACAAGAAAAUUUAGAAGACCAACCACAGGACUGGCUACGAGAAAUUGGGCCAGGGAAGGCCCUCCCAUUUCCUGAGUGUAGUGACAUCUGUGGGGACGGAGCACAAAAGCCCAUGUCCUUGAAACUCACAAAUCCUCCUAAAGAGCAUGAACUCACCAACACAAAAGGGAGUUCCACACAAAAGGGAGUUUCUGGGGAUAGUCUUAAAAUGGAGAGGCUCACUGAUGAUGAUGAACAUGAGAACAAGCACACCUCAAGUCUGGCCAAAGGGAAGUGUCACUGGGUGAAACCUUACAACCAUGCUGCCAGUGGAAGCAGUGUCUGCAGUUCUAGCCUUUCUGAGGCUCACAGGCAGUGCCGUGAAGAAAGACCUUAUAAAUGUGAGAGCUGUCCGAAGGCUUUCAAACAGCGCUCAGACCUCUUGAAACACCAGAGGAUCCACACAGGUGAGAAACCCUAUGAAUGUCAUGACUGUGGGAAAAGCUUCCGCCAGAGUGCCGCCCUGAUUAAACACCAGAGGACACACACAGGUGAGAAGCCCUAUGUGUGUCCCAAAUGCGGGGAGUGCUUCCGACAGAGCUCACACCUAAACCGGCACCAGAGAACCCACAUUGGCAAGAAGUACUGUCAGUGUGAGGAGUGCGGGGAGAUCUGCCAUGUUUCCAGCCUUUUGAAACAUAAGAGACUCCAUAAAGGGGAAAGACCCUACCUGUGUGAAGACUGUGAGAAAAGCUUCAAGCAGCGCUCUGACCUCUUCAAGCAUCGGAGGAUCCACACCGGGGAGAAGCCAUACGGAUGUACCAUGUGUGGGAAAAGUUUCAGUCAGAGUGCAACCCUAGUUAAACAUCAGCGAACUCACACAGGAGAAAAACCUUACAAAUGUCUUGAAUGCGGGGAGAGCUUUAGACAAAGUACACAUCUUAUCCGACAUCAAAGGGUCCAUUGAAAUAAAGUGCCAGCACUUUAAUAUGAUUCUG